AUGAGCGCUCCUGUCCGCAUGACUUUUGGAGCACAACCUCAUUGCCUCAUUUCAACAAAGUUUAUCACUGGAGUGCUUUUGCAAGGACGCGGAGAUGGAGAUGAAUGGGUGGCUUCGUACACUCUCUCUUUUAGCGAUGAUGGAGUCUUCUGGAGAUUUGCUAACGACCUCUACCACAAUCAAAAGAUUUUUGAGGGGAACGUGGACUCGUACCAAGCAAAGCACACGUACCUGGAUGAGGCUGUGAUCACUCGCUUUGUUCGUAUUUAUCCAUUCACAUGGAAUCGACAUCCAAGUCUUAGAGUUGAACUCAUCGGGUGUCAGCCUUGUCGACAAUUACUCGGAACUCCACCAUACGCACGCUACGGUGCCUCUACAACUCGUAGCAAGAAGCAUGGGAAAACUUGUACCGCGGAAGACGGACACUACUUCAGUAACAAAGCAUGGUGCGCAAAACGUCAAAAUGGUCAGUUGUCAUUCCUCUUCCAUGCGCCUAACAGGAAGUUGGCGGUUGCCCCUGAUAUGAGUAUGCAGUGGUACCAAAUCGAUCUGGGUCCACCGACCCUCAUUACUGGCAUUAUUCUGAGACCGCGCGGGGAUAGCAAGUGGCAACAAUAUGUAACACUUUUCAAAUUGUCCUACAGCAAUGACAGCCUGCUGUGGUUCUUCUACAAGGAGGCCGCACAUCUCGACCAGCGCGUGUUCACGGGCAACACGCAAACUCUGACGGAACGUGUGCACUACCUUGUGACGCCGGUGGUGGCGCGCUACGUCCGCAUCCACCCAAUCAGCUGGCGGGGCCGCAUCGCAAUGCGCGUCGGAUUGUUGGGUUGCCGCCACCACGGCAAGUGCGGACCUGGUUUCUUCCGCAUCAACGAUAAAAGCUCCUGUAUUCCUAACUUGGCGUAUAAGAAGGACGCGUGGAUGUCAAGCAAUCCGGAAAAUCCGAGGCGCAAAUUCUCCGUGUCGUCCCCAGUGCCAUACAAUUCGGUACCUCAGGAUCCAUUCACCCCGGUCUACUCAUUUCUACCACCUACCUCACCUAUGUCGUCUCAGACUACUCCAGCGCGUACUUCAGCCUUUUUCCUAGACGCUACUCCCAAACCCAUUUCGCCAACCACACCAAUUAAUGAUUGGAGUCUUCAUGACGUGAUGCUGGGUGACGAGGGGUAUGUCGCCAAAGACGAAGCAGCAAUGCGCGCCAUCGACGGCUUCACUGGUCUGGAGGAAGAUAGGGAGGAGAGACAGUUCAUAAAUCAACAUGAAACAUUGUUGAAAGACUCGCCCUUCAGAGUCAACAGCAAGCGAGCUUUGCGCUCUGUCUCGGUGGUGGAGCCACAGCUCCAUCAGUGCACCAUUCUGCGAUACACGUGGCCCUUCCAAGAAACGCCUAGCUGGUACGUAGACCUACAAGAACCACAAGAAGUUCAAGGUGUUAUUCUCUAUACUGGCGGACACGGAAAAUCUUCACCGUUUCUAGAGCGUAAUGCUGGUACAAUUAUUUCAAUAGCGGAAGCCUACCGCAAGUUGAUAGUGCAAAGCUUGCAAGGCAUAUCGGAGCUUGUGGUACGCAUGAACAAUCUUGAGCGGGUAGCCGUGUACGUGGAGGGCGAGUCUGUACCGGGUGGGCGACAGCUCUGUGGCCACGUGACCCGCUUGAAUGAUGCCGUCUUUGCACCCAAACUACACAUCACAUGUCACCGACCCACGACGGGACGUUACGUCAUCGUUGAAGCCUACGGCUUGAUGACCACUUGGCCCAAGGACUACCUCGCGGCGCUCUGUGAAGUCCAAGUCUACUAG